UACCGCAGUAUGUAUAUCGGAUCCAGGAACACCCUACCUCAAAGCUUGUUAGCUGCACAAACAAGACACUCCACAGAUACCAAAGUUGAAUAGAGGCUGAACCAAGUUGCAACUUGCAAGUCAUCUGUGUUCCUCCCAACCUUGAUAUGUACAAUAUAAUUUCUUAACUCCAAACCACAUUUAUUGUUUAUUAUAAAUCUGAUUGGUUGAGAAUAUGAGAACACUGAUGUUCCGCUAAAGUAUGAAACGCUUCCAUAUAAGAUCCAGUUCAAGCUUAACCUUCAGCUAUAGUUACAGGAUAAAUUAGUAACUUCUGCUGGUCUAAUUUUAGUGCCAACCACCUGUUUGUAGAAUUGCCCCACAGGGAAAAAGAGAGCUUUAGGAAAAUAGGUUGCUACUAUACCAUUCCACUAGGUUGUAUCUUAUAGCAAAUAGGAGCAUGAGUUUGAUGCUUCAUCACGUAUCAGUGUUGCCACAUGAGGCUGUAUCUUGUAAACUGAGGCUUGCUGGGGCAUUAGCAAGAUCUCAUUCCUUUUCUGCAUCUUGUUCUGUCACCAAUAGAGCAAUCCAUUGCACCCCGGAAAGGUGGAGCUGCAGUGGCAGUUGUAUUGGAGUUAGCAUUAGUAGUAGUAGUAGAUGCAACUACCAAGGGAAAAGGCUUGUUAGAAGCUGCUCCACCACCAGUGACUUUGUAAUUGCCGGUGACGAAAGUUAUGGCAACAAGCAGGUUGUUAGUCUCACUCCGCGCUUGUAUGACUAUGUGCUAAAAAAUGUUAGAGAACCUGAGAUUUUAAGGCAACUGCGCGAGGAGACAGCCUCUAUGCGUGGAAGUCAGAUGCAGGUAUCUCCUGACCAGGCACAACUACUUGCAAUGCUUGUGCAGACUCUUGGAGCCGAACGGUGCAUUGAAGUCGGUGUUUAUACUGGUUACUCAUCACUGGCCAUAGCAUUAAUCCUGCCAGAAUCAGGUCGUUUGGUUGCAUGUGAAAGAGAUGCCAAAUCUCUUGAUAUUGCCAAGAAGUACUAUCACCUAGCUGGUGUUUCACAUAAGGUGGAUGUAAGACUUGGACUUGCAGUGGAUUCCCUAGAAUCUUUAAUAUUGAACGGUGAAUCAGGCAGUUAUGAUUUUGCAUUUAUUGAUGCUGAGAAAAGGAUGACUGAGAAAUAUUUUGAACUGCUACUGCAACUGGUGAGGGUUGGAGGUCUUAUAGUAAUUGAUAAUGUUCUUUGGCAUGGGAAAGUUGCUGAUCCACUGGUAAAUGACCCAAAAACUAUCAGCAUUAGAAAUUUCAAUCGAAGGUUAAUGGAAGACAAGCGUGUAAGCAUCAGUAUGGUACCUAUUGGAGAUGGGAUGACAAUAUGCAGAAAAAGAUGACCCAGUUUUCAUCGAUUUAUUGAUAUAUUCUGUGCAAUUUUGGGUUGAUGCUUCGGCGGAAAGCAAAUACUUGAUUCAAACAAAAAUCAAUUGAUUUUCAUAGAAAUGGAGAUGUGGCAAAGUCUAUUCUGCUAGGAUUUGGAUCCUCUAAAUUUUAAAUUUUUACUUUAGAGGGUAAAGUGUGAUCUUCUACCCUUGAAUGGUUUCUCUUUCAUAUUUAUUCUUGGUCCCACCUAUAAAAUAAAUAGUGAUAGAUCAUACUUUACUCUCUAAAGUGAAAUUCAAACUUUAGAGGAUCCAAAUCCAUUCUGCUAAGGCUCAUUUGUGAAGGAUCUGAAGAACCAUUUUGGCUCCAUAGCGAAUGGAGAGAUAUGAAUGCGUGUAAUUUCUUCAUUGCUUUUACCCCCAAAAUGUUGUAGCUUUUUACACUAACUUCUGAGUUAGCAUGGAAUUCAGUUAGCUACUACCCUUGGAAUCACAUGGAUUGUAGAUUGAAGAGAAACUUAUUCACAAUGGAACC